AUGGAAGACAUUCUUUUGAGAGGAAUAAAGCAGAAGAAAAAGAGGAUUCUAAAGGAGGAAGUUGAGUACAACGUCGAUGGAGAAAGACUACCCCUUCUUAACACAUUUGACAGUCUAAAGACAAAAGCUCCUUUUUCCUCUCCUCUUUUGGCCCAGAAGGUCGUUGUGCCGUAUUUCAUGAAGAAGUACAACAUUAUUGUACAGGCCUUUACUGGGAGCGGGAAAACACUAUCGUACUGCCUACCGCUUGUCGAGACUGCACGAAACGAGAAUCUUUUUGGAAUGAUACUUGUUCCUGGAAGGGCGCUUGUGAGACAAGUCUAUAGGGUUGUAAGAGAAAUCAAGCACAGGGAACUGGAGAUCAAGGGGAUCUACAGAGAUGGUUCCGAGGACUUCUUUGUUGAAGAGGAUGAAGAAGGGGGAUUGGUUGAGAGGAGAAUCGACAGUAGAACACAAAAGGAGAUUGCUGGGUUCCCUCGGGAAGGAGGAAGAAUUGUAAUAGGAACGCUCCCGUCGAUUCUUAGUUUGAUGGAUCUGUUUGAAAUGAAAGCUAUCACACAUCUUAUUAUAGACGAGGCAGAUCUCCUGAUAAACCCCGAGACCAUCGAUGUUUUUGCAUCUAUUCUUCAGGAAAUAGACGUGGAGAAGACACAUGUCGGAUGUUUUAGUGCUACUAUGAACGAGUAUGUUGAGCAGGUUAUAGAAACAGUGAAGAACAUCACAAAGAUACAUAUUGUGUCGAGGAAACAUAUAGACCAUGAGUUUGUAUUUGGGACAAACAGAAAGAUCAAACACCUAUCGCUGCUACAGAUCGUUGCAGAUGGAAUUGAAUCACCGACCCUGAUAUUUGUCAGAAAUGAAGAGACCGGGGAGUUUUUAAGUAAGCUGCUGGAUAGAAGCGGAGUUUAUAAAGAAGGAAGCGGGGAAAGCGCAGAAGUCCUUGACGACUUCCGGCUAAAGAAGAUCUGGUACCUGUUUGCAACAGAUGCAUUGAGUAGAGGAAUAGACUUCUAUAACAUUAGGAGUGUGAUAAACUAUGAUCUUCCAGAUACUAAGACCCAGCUUGUGCAUAGGGUUGGAAGAGUCAAUAGAAAUUGCCAGGGACAAAAGGUGUAUACAAUCUAUUCGGGCGAAGACUUUGGAAGAAUCUCCCUUGUUGCCGAGUUUCUAGAGGAGAACGGACAUGAGAUACCAAGCCACAUUACUCGGAUUAUAGAAAAGAGCCGGAAAAGGAUUGGCAGGAGGAGCUAG